AUGAGUUCUGACGUGGAAAUGGAAGUUUUUGGAGUGGCUGCUCAAUAUCUCCGCAAAACGGAGAGAGAGCGGAUUGAAGCACAGAAUAAACAAUUUGAUGCAAAGACAGCCUGUUAUGUCUUUGACCCAGUAGACUUAUUUGUGCCAGGUUCAAUCAAGAGUAAGCAAGGUGGCAAAGUCACAGUGGAAACUAUAGCUAAAAAGACAGUGACUGUUAAAGAAGACCAAGUCUUCCCAAUGAACCCUCCAAAAUUCGAUAAAAUUGAAGACAUGGCCAUGUUGACUCACUUGAAUGAAGCAUCCGUCCUGUUUAACCUCAAAGAACGUUAUUCAGCCUGGAUGAUCUAUACCUACUCUGGGUUGUUCUGUGUCACUGUGAACCCUUACAAGUGGCUGCCAGUGUACAAUCCUGAAGUUGUGGUUGCUUACAGAGGCAAGAAGCGUCAAGAGGCUCCUCCACACAUCUUCUCCAUCUCUGACAAUGCCUAUCAGUUCAUGUUAACUGAUCGUGAGAACCAGUCCAUUCUGAUUACUGGAGAAUCUGGUGCAGGGAAGACUGUGAACACAAAACGUGUCAUCCAGUAUUUUGCAUCUAUUGCAGCCAGUAGUGAUGCCAGCAAGAAAAAGGAGUCUAAGAUGCAGGGAACACUGGAGGAUCAAAUCAUCCAGGCCAAUCCGCUGCUUGAAGCCUUUGGUAAUGCCAAGACAAUGAGAAAUGACAAUUCAUCUCGCUUCGGUAAAUUCAUCAGAAUCCAUUUUGGAGCAACAGGGAAAUUGGCUUCUGCUGAUAUUGAGACCUAUCUGCUGGAAAAAUCACGUGUCACCUUCCAAUUGAAAGCUGAAAGAAGCUACCAUAUCUUCUACCAGAUUAUGUCCAAUAAGAGGCCAGAACUAAUUGAAAUGAUGCUCAUUACCACCAACCCCUAUGACUUUCCAUUUGUUAGUCAGGGAGAGAUCACUGUAUCUAGCAUCAACGACCAAGAAGAAUUGAUGGCUACCGAUGAAGCCAUUGAUAUCCUGGGCUUUACUUCCGAUGACAAAGCAAAUAUCUACAAACUUACAGGUGCAGUAAUGCACUUUGGUAACCUUAAGUUCAAGCAGAAGCAACGAGAGGAACAAGCUGAGCCUGAUGGCACUGAAGUUGCUGACAAGGCUGCUUACUUAAUGGGCUUGAAUUCUGCGGAAUUGCUAAAAUCUUUGUGCUUCCCAAGAGUAAAGGUCGGCAAUGAGUACGUAACCAAAGGGCAAACCGUACAACAGGUGCAUUAUUCAGUGAGUGCACUGGCAAAAGCUGUGUAUGAGAAGAUGUUUUUAUGGAUGGUUUCACGAAUCAAUCAGCAAUUGGAAACAAGACAACCCAGACAAUACUUCAUUGGUGUGCUGGAUAUCGCGGGCUUUGAAAUCUUUGAUUACAACAGUUUAGAACAGCUAUGCAUUAACUUUACCAAUGAGAAACUGCAGCAAUUCUUCAACCACCACAUGUUUGUUCUGGAACAAGAAGAGUACAAGAAGGAAGGAAUUGAAUGGGAUUUCAUUGACUUUGGUAUGGACUUGGCUGCUUGCAUUGAACUCAUUGAGAAGCCUAUGGGUAUCUUCUCAAUCCUGGAAGAAGAGUGCAUGUUCCCCAAGGCCUCAGACACUACUUUUAAGAAUAAACUAUAUGACCAGCAUCUUGGAAAAUCGAGCAACUUCCAGAAGCCCAAGCCCACCAAAGGAAAGGCUGAAGCUCACUUCUCUUUGGUCCACUAUGCUGGCACUGUAGAUUAUAAUAUCAAUGGCUGGUUGGAAAAGAACAAAGACCCUCUGAAUGAAACUGUUGUUGGCCUAUAUCAGAAAUCUGCGAUGAAGCUUCUGUCAACGCUCUUUGCUGCCUUUUCUGGUGAUGAUGCUGCUGCUCCUAAGAAGGGUGGGAAGAAGAAGGGCUCAUCUUUCCAAACUGUUUCUGCACUCUUUAGGGAAAAUUUGAAUAAACUGAUGACCAAUUUAAGAAGUACACAUCCACACUUUGUACGCUGUAUAAUCCCCAAUGAAACAAAGAGCCCAGGUGUAAUCGACAAUCACCUGGUCAUCCAUCAGUUGAGAUGCAAUGGUGUGUUGGAAGGUAUCAGAAUCUGCAGAAAAGGAUUUCCAAGCAGAAUCCUUUAUGCUGACUUUAAGCAAAGAUACAAGCUCUUAAAUGCAAGUGCCAUACCUGAAGGGCAAUUUAUUGACAGCAAGAAGGCUUCUGAGAAACUGCUGAGCUCCAUCAAUGUGGAUCACACCCAGUACCGAUUUGGCCACACUAAGGUAUUUUUCAAGGCUGGUCUCCUGGGUACUCUUGAAGAAAUGAGGGAUGACAAAUUAGCCCAAAUCAUCACCCGCACACAAGCCAUUUGUCGUGGAUUCCUAAUGAGAGUAGAAUUUAAGAAGAUGAUGGAGAGAAGGGAUGCCAUUUUCACUAUACAAUACAACAUCCGCUCAUUUAUGAAUGUCAAACACUGGCCAUGGAUGAAACUGUAUUUCAAGAUCAAACCUCUUUUGAGGAGUGCAGAAACUGAAAAGGAAAUGGCAAAUAUGAAAGCAGAGUUUGAGAAGACCAAAGAAGCACUAGCUAAAUCUGAAGCAAGAAGAAAGGAAUUGGAAGAAAAAAUGGUUACCCUGCUUCAGGAGAAGAAUGACUUAAUGCUUCAAGUUCAGGCAGAAGCAGAUGGCCUGGCAGAUGCAGAAGAAAGAUGUGACCAGCUCAUCAGAAGCAAAAUUAAUUUAGAAGCAAAGGUCAAGGAACUCAAUGAAAGAUUAGAGGAUGAAGAGGAAUGUAAUGCAGAACUGACAUCCAAGAAGAAAAAACUUGAAGAUGAAUGCUCAGAGUUAAAGAAGGAUAUCGAUGACCUAGAGCUCACACUAGCCAAAGUUGAAAAGGAAAAGCAUGCCACAGAAAACAAGGUUAAGAAUCUUACAGAAGAAAUGGCCUCCCUUGAUGAAAGCAUUGUCAAAUUAACAAAGGAAAAGAAAGCCCUCCAAGAGGCCCAUCAACAGACCUUAGAUGAUCUCCAGGCUGAAGAGGACAAAGUCAACACUUUAACCAAAGCCAAAGCUAAGUUGGAACAACAAGUGGAUGAUCUUGAAGGUUCUCUAGAACAAGAGAAGAAGCUUCGCAUGGACCUUGAAAGAAUCAAGAGGAAGCUUGAGGGUGAUUUGAAGCUGAUGCAGGAAUCAUUAAUGGAUUUAGAAAAUGACAAGCAGCAAUUGGAAGAGAAAAUGAAGAAGAAGGAUUUUGAAAUAAGCCAAUAUCAGAGUAAGAUUGAAGAUGAGCAGAUUCUUGGAGUCCAACUGCAGAAGAAAAUCAAGGAACUUCAAGCCCGCAUUGAAGAACUCGAAGAGGAAAUUGAAGCUGAGCGUACAGCUCGUGCUAAGGCAGAGAAGCAAAGGUCUGACUAUGCCCGGGAACUGGAGGAAAUAAGUGAACGACUAGAAGAAGCUGGUGGUGCAACUGCUGUCCAGAUUGAAAUGAAUAAGAAACGUGAAGCGGAAUUUCAGAAGAUGCGUCGUGAUCUGGAAGAAGCUACCCUACAGCAUGAAGCCACGGCUGCUGCUCUUCGUAAGAAACAGGCUGAUAGUGUCGCAGAACUUGGGGAACAAAUUGACAACCUGCAACGUGUAAAACAGAAACUUGAGAAGGAAAAGAGUGAGCUGAAGAUGGAAAUUGAUGAUCUUGCUAGUAAUAUGGAAACGGUUGCAAAAUCAAAGAGUAAUCUUGAAAAGAGCUGCCGGACCUUUGAGGACCAAUUGAAUGAAAUAAAGACAAAAUAUGAAGAACAAGCACGUCUUAUGAAUGACGUGUCAGCACAACGGGCUCGAUUACAGACAGAAAAUGGAGAACUAAGUCGCCAUGUUGAGGAAAAGGAUUCCCUAAUUUCACAAUUUACUAGAGGGAAACAAGCAUUCACACAACAAAUUGAAGAGCUAAAGAGGCAAUUGGAAGAAGAAACUAAGGCUAAGAGCGCCUUGGCACAUGCUCUCCAAUCGUCCCGCCAUGACUGUGAUUUGCUCCGUGAGCAAUAUGAAGAGGAACAGGAGGCAAAGGCUGAGCUCCAACGUGGCAUGUCCAAGGCCAACAGCGAAGUCGCUCAGUGGAGAACAAAAUACGAAACGGAUGCGAUCCAGCGCACGGAGGAACUGGAAGACGCCAAGAAGAAACUUGCACAGCGACUCCAAGAUGCUGAGGAUCAUAUUGAAGCAGUGAAUUCCAAAUGUGCUUCACUGGAAAAGACAAAACUGCGGUUGCAAGGUGAAGUGGAAGAUCUAAUGAUCGACGUAGAGAGGGCUAAUGCUGCUGCAGCUGCUCUUGAUAAGAAACAGAGAAACUUUGAUAAGAUUUUGGCAGAGUGGAAGCAGAAAUAUGAGGAAAGCCAAACUGACUUGGAGGCAACUCAGAAGGAAUCCCGUUCUCUAAGCACUGAGCUGUUCAAGAUGAAAAAUGUUUAUGAGGAGGCUUUAGAGAAUCUGGAAACUCUUAAACGAGAGAACAAGAAUCUACAGCAGGAGAUCGCAGACCUAACUGAACAGAUUGGUGUGAAUGGAAAGACUAUCCAUGAGCUGGAAAAGGCCAAAAAAAUAGCUGAGCAGGAAAAAGCUGACCUUCAAGCAGCAUUAGAAGAGGCUGAGGCAUCGCUAGAACAUGAAGAAAGCAAGAUCCUGCGUAUUCAGCUCGAAUUAACCCAGGUGAAAUCAGAAGUGGAUCGGCGGAUCGCGGAAAAAGAGGAAGAGAUUGAACAAAUAAAGAGGAAUUAUCAACGGACAGUGGACACCAUGCAGACCGCUCUGGAUGCUGAAAUUAGAAGCAGAAAUGACGCCCUGAGGAUCAAGAAAAAGAUGGAGGGAGACUUGAAUGAAAUGGAAAUUCAGUUGAACCAUGCAAACCGUCAAGCUGCAGAUGCUGUAAAACAUUUCCGAAGCUUGCAAGUCCAGUUCAAGGACUGCCAGUUACAGCUUGAUGAGUCCCUCAGAUGCCAAGAUGAUCUCAAAGAACAACUGGCCAUGCUUGAACGGAGGUGCAACCUACAGCUCGCUGAAAUUGAAGAAAUAAGAGCAGCCCUUGAACAAACAGAUAGAGCCCGCAAAGUUGCUGAGCAGGAAUUGGUUGAUGCAAGUGAACGUGUGCAGCUCCUACAUACCCAGAAUACCAGCUUAAUAAACACAAAGAAGAAACUUGAAACUGAUAUUAGCCUGCUUCAAAGCGAAGUUGAAGAUGCUGUUCAAGAAUCAAGAAAUGCAGAUGAGAAGGCAAAGAAAGCCAUUACAGACGCUGCUAUGAUGGCAGAAGAGCUGAAAAAAGAACAGGACACAAGCGCUCAUUUGGAAAGAAUGAAAAAAAAUCUGGAGCAGAGUGUGAAGGAUUUGCAACUCCGUCUGGAUGAAGCUGAGCAGCUGGCCAUGAAAGGUGGAAAGAAACAGCUCCAGAAACUGGAAGCUAGGGUACGUGAGCUUGAGAAUGAACUUGAAGCUGAACAGAAACGGUGUGCAGAGGCAAUUAAAGGUGUUCGCAAAUAUGAAAGGAGGGUCAAGGAGCUCAUGUACCAGACUGAAGAAGACAGAAAGAAUAAUCUGAGACUUCAGGACCUGGUUGACAAGCUGCAAAUGAAAGUUAAAACCUAUAAGAGGCAAUCUGAGGAGUCUGAGGAACAAGCCAAUGUCCAUUUAUCCAAAUUUAGGAAGGUACAACAUGAAUUGGAAGAGGCAGAGGAGCGUGCUGAUAUUGCAGAGUCCCAAGUCAAUAAACUCAGGGCUAAAAGUCGUGAUUUUGCCAGCAAGAAAACGCUAGAAAGUGAAGAGUGAACCUGAUUUGGAAAUUAAACAAAG